AUGGUUUUGUACACGACCCCCUUUUCCAAUAGCUGUCUGUCCGCCCUGCACGCUGUGUCCUGGUACCUCAUCUUCCCAUGCUACUGGCUGCUGGACCAGCUUCUGGCCUUGUUCACGCCUGCGCCCUGCCAGAAGAACCAGCUGCUCUGCAUCGUGCUCUUCAUGCCCAUCUACCUGGGCUUCCUGGUCACCUCGCUGCCCUUCGCGUUUCUUGGGUUCCUCUUCUGGUGCCCCCUGCAGUGUGCCCGCAGGCCCUACGUCUACUCCCGGCUGGAGGACAAGGGCCCGGCUGGCGGGGCGGCGCUACUCCGUGAAUGGAAGGGUACGGGUCCUGGCAAAAGCUUCUGCUUUGCCACUGCCAACGUCUGCCUCCUCCCCGAGUCGCUGGCCAGGCACAACAACGUUUAUAAAACCCAAGUACGGGCCAAAGAGAUCGGGCACAGAAUCCGCAAUGGGGCCAGUCGGCCCCAGAUAAAAAUCUACAUCGAUUCGCCCACCAAUACCUCUAUCAGCGCGGCCAGCUUCAGCAGCCUGGUGUCGCCACAGGGCGAUGGCAUGGCCCGGACCGUCCCUGGGAGCAUUAAGAGGACAGCCUCUGUGGACUACAAGGGCAACAGUGGGCGUCACCCCAGUGACGAGGCUGCCAAUGGCCCGGCUUCCGGGGACGCAGUCGACUGCAGUAGCCUUGAGAACGCCUGCAUUGUGCGCAUCAGUGGCGAUGAGGGAGGCCGGCACCCCGAAGCUGACGACCCUGCCACUGGGGGCCAGGCCAGGAAUGGGGCUGGCGGGGGCCCACGGGGCCAGACGCCCAACCACAGUCGGCGGGAUGGGGACUCGGGGAGCCUGGGCAGCCGCUCUGCUUCCAAGGAGUCCCUGGUGAAGGCGCGCGCCGGGCUGGACAGCGGUGGCAGCGGGGAGCCGGGUGCCACCUACGGCAAGGCCCCGCACAAGGCCUCGGUGGUGAAGAAGGUAGCCGCGCGCAAGAGGCGGCACCCGGACGAGGCCUUUGACCACGAGAUCUCGGCCUUCUUCCCCGCCAACCUGGACUUCCUAUGUCUGCAAGAGGUGUUUGACAAGCGGGCGGCCACCAAGUUGAAAAACCAGCUGCAUGGCUACUUCGAGUACAUCCUGUAUGAUGUCGGGGUCUAUGGCUGCCAAGGCUGCUGCUGCUGCCGCCGCUGCUGCGAAGCCCACUGUUGCUUCAAGUGUUUCAACAGCGGCCUCUUCUUUGCCAGCCGUUACCCCAUCAUGGAUGCCGCCUAUCACUGUUACACCAACGGGAAGGGCGUCGACAGCCUGGCCUCGAAGGGAGCGCUGUUUCUCAAGGUGCAGGUGGGAAGCACACCUCAGGACCAAAGAAUUGUCGGGUACAUCACCUGUACACACCUGCACGCCCCGGAAGAAGACAGUGCCAUCCGGUGCGAGCAGCUGGACAUGCUUCUGGAAUGGCUGGCUGACUUCCGAAAAUCUACCUCCUCGUCCAGCACAGCCAACCCCGAGGAGCUGGUGGCGUUUGACAUCGUCUGUGGAGAUUUGAACUUUGACAACUGCUCCUCCGACGACAAGUUGGAGCAGCAGCACUCCCUGUUUACACGCUACAAGGACCCCUGCCGCCUGGGGCCUGGCGAGGAGAAGCCAUGGGCAAUUGGUACCAUGCUGGACCAGGAUGGCAUCAACGAUGAGGAUGUGAGCUCCCCUGACAAUCUACAAAAGGUCUUGGAGAGUGAGGAGGGACGCCGGGAGUACCUCGCCUUCCCCACCAGCAAGAGCUCGGGGGCGGGCCAGAAGGGACGCAAGGAUGUGCUGAAGGGCAACGGCAGGCGCAUCGACUACAUGCUGUAUGCAGAGGAGGGGCUGUGCCCGGACUGGAAGGCUGAGGUGGAAGAAUUCAGUUUCAUCACCCAGCUGUCCGGCCUGACCGACCACCUCCCGGUGGCCAUGCGGUUGAUGGUGUCUACGGGGGAUGAGGAGGCAUAGACCAGCCAAGUCAUCACAGCAGCCUGGCCUCUGCUAGUCCUUUGAGCCAAAGCCCCUUUCUGGCCAUGUCCCCUCCAGCAGCAGUGCCUUGGAGAGGGCAGGGGCUGGGGGAGCCGAGGUCAUCCCUGGGUGAGCUGCAACCAGCGCUGCCCUGCACCUCUGGGCACCAGCUGCGAACAGGAGUCAGGUCAGCUCGAGGAGCCCUAGCUACCCAACCAGUGCCAUUCUUUCAAAACGUGAUUUUCUACAAAUCUACAGCACAACCUAGUUUGUAACCCGUGGGUUAGUAAGAGAACCGGGUUUCUGUACUCUUUGUAUCUUUUCUCAAGCUUCGUCCAGGGUUCAUUAUUUCUGUCUGCUGCCAUGUUGUCUCGCAUGCCUGCACCCUCGCAUGCACGCUGCCCGCAUGCCAUGUGCCACACCUUAGUCACUCAGACCCCUUGCUCAGGCCUCACCCAAGGCCAAACUCCAAACACAAUCAGAACCAGCCAAAGAAGCAUUCCUGGGCACAGGGCCGCCAGCGCGCUGCCUGCUGCUGGGUCGGCUCCUGAGCAGGGACCGUGAGGGCUGUGUCCAGUCACCACAAGCCUGGGCUCUUCCCCGGGUCUUGCAUUCAAGGGCGAUUACAUUUCAAAAAGAAAAACAGGAAGAGUCAAGACCAGGAACAACCCUUCACGUUAGAGGGUCUGCAAACUGCAAGGGAGAACGCUGCUCUUCCUGAGACAGGCGCCCCUCCUGGCCCGGGACCCACUCUAAGUGGAAACCGGAGGCUGAGGAGAGAGCACCACUUCUACAGGGAGAGGGGAGCUCCCGGAUACAGCGGAAAGGGCGCUGCUGGUUUUGAAAACGAUAAAUGUACAGCUUCUCUUCUGCCAAAACCAACACCUCCUCUUUCUGCCUGAUCCCGUCUCUCCUCCAGACACCCUUCCGGUUUGGGACCAAUCCUUCCCUGGGGACUGUCCUCAUCCAUAUGCUGGAGCUCAGGAACUGUCCGCCUGCCUCUGGGUAGAGGGCUGCAGCUCUGUCCCCCAGACCCACCCUCAAAAGUGACCCUGGGGCCCUGGUGCAGAGGACGGCCUGUCCCCUACCCACCAGUGUGCAGGCUGCGGGUGGCAAGGUCAGGGGCCACUGCUUGCACAGGGCAAGGAGUGGUACUGGUUGGCAUCCAGGCACAUAGAUGCCCACUCUGCCACUAGGUACCCAGGACCAGCCCCAGGCACCCAGGCACUGGGCGUGGCAAAGCCUAUAGGUGAGGCCUGCAGCUCAUCACCCCAUGGCAGCACUGCCUCCGCCCACCUGCCUUUACACACACCUGGGGACGCUCCCUACAGUCACACAGAGAAGGCUGUGUCCAUUUCCAGGUGUGAGGCUCCCCCGGCUCAGGGGACUGUUCUUGCCACCCCCCCUUGUCUCCCCUUCUCACAGCACCCUGACCUGUGCCCACCUAGCUUGAAGCCAGCUUUGCCCAGCAAGGCUGGGGAGCAUACUAGGACCCUCUGGUGUCGGUGCGCUGACACUGUGCCUUGUCACCCACUGAGCUGCAAGAGGGACCAAGAGGGGUCCAAGCAGCCAGCCAGAGGUCAGUCAGGUCCUGUGCUGGGAGAGGACAAGCUAUAUACCCACCUGGCCAGGGCAGUGGCAGAGCUGAGGGCUUCAAUACUUCCCAGCCCUGCCCCUGGGGUCCAGAGCCACGAGGGGCUACUCACCGCUGAGGACACAGUCCCACCUGAGCUCUGCUGUGCCCCUCCUCCAAGGGCCUGGCUUUCAGAGUCUUAGCCAGGCUUUGUGGGGUCAGAGGGCCCCUCACUCCCAGGAGCAUCCAGGAAUCUACUCACACAGGCAGGGUCCUACUAGGCAGGCACAAUGCCUAGGUGGUGGGGCCUGAGCCAAGGACCCCAGGCUGCAGCUUGGCAGUGUACCCGGGAGCGCAGGGGAGACAGGCGAAGGCUCCUGAAGCAGAGAAACCUCAUGGCGCCCAGCCCUCAGAGGGGCUGCCUCCCUCCCAGGGCAGCUGGAUGGGGGCCACUGUGCAGGGGCACAUGCUUCUCUCUCUUCUCACAGGGCGGCCUUAGGCAAGUCAUACCUCCCUGUGCCUCAGUCACUUCCUGUCCUAACAAGGUCGCCUCUACAGCCGGCCCUGGUGUACAACCUCCCAGCUCCCCUAGCAACUCCCUCAAGUGGCCACAGUACCGAGGCCGCCAUCACCCAACCACAUGUUUCUUGAAACCUGUGGACUCCAGGGGCCGUGCACAAGCCAGACUUUUCCAUUUUAAUUUUUAAAAAGGAAAGAAAAGAAACAUUGCCAGGAUCUCAUAUUCUGUGUGUUUGGCCUGGGGGGAGGGGGGCAGACAGAGGGGUUACCCAAAUCCCCAAUCAAGGUCCCACACCUGCCCGGGGCCCAGCCUCCUCCAGAGAAGCCAGGAGGCAGGGUCAGCUUGGGAAGGAAAUGGUCAUUUUCAUUUGUCCAAACCACCUUAAGUUUUAAGUAUGAAUAUUAAUCUUGAUGCUUUUUAACUAUUGUAUUAACUUGCUGAGAUUUAGAAAUACUGUUUUAAAAAAGAAAAGAAAAAAGACUUUUUUAAUUUCUGUAUUUUUUUCUGUAUUGUAUCCUCAUGGGACAUUAGGGGUUUUAUAUGGUAAGCACACCUAAGGUUUUGGUAAAAACAUUAUCAAAUAUAUAUCCAGACGAUUCUUCCCUAGAAGAAAAACAAUCUUUCACCUGAUAAAAUAUUUUGAAAAGAGAGGUGUUUUUCUCCUUUACUGGUGCUGAAAGGAAGGAUGGAUCACAAGGAGAAAAUAAAACUGUGAG